AUGAGGGCUGUCCUGGAGACAGCAGACAUUGCCAUAGUGGCCCUGUAUUUUAUCCUGGUCAUGUGCAUUGGGUUUUUUGCCAUGUGGAAAUCUAAUAGGAGCACCGUGAGUGGAUACUUCUUGGCGGGGCGCUCUAUGACCUGGGUAGCAAUUGGUGCCUCUCUGUUUGUGAGCAAUAUUGGGAGUGAGCACUUCAUUGGGCUGGCAGGAUCUGGAGCGGCAAGUGGAUUUGCAGUGGGCGCAUGGGAGUUCAAUGCCUUGCUGCUUUUGCAACUUCUGGGAUGGGUUUUCAUCCCGAUUUACAUCCGGUCGGGGGUAUACACCAUGCCUGAAUACUUGUCCAAGCGAUUUGGUGGCCAUAGGAUUCAGGUCUAUUUCGCAGCACUGUCUCUGAUUCUCUAUAUCUUCACCAAGCUCUCAGUGGAUCUGUAUUCGGGUGCCCUCUUUAUCCAGGAGUCUUUGGGUUGGAACCUCUAUGUGUCUGUCAUCCUGCUCAUUGGCAUGACCGCUUUGCUGACCGUCACCGGAGGCCUUGUCGCAGUAAUCUACACAGACACCUUGCAGGCUCUGCUCAUGAUCGUUGGGGCACUCACACUUAUGGUGAUUAGCAUGAUGGAGAUUGGUGGGUUUGAGGAAGUUAAGAGAAGGUACAUGUUGGCCUCACCCAAUGUCACUUCCAUCCUGCUGACGUACAACCUUUCGAACACAAAUUCUUGUAAUGUCCACCCCAAGAAAGACGCACUGAAAAUGUUGCGGAACCCAACAGAUGAAGACGUUCCUUGGCCUGGAUUCAUCCUCGGGCAGACCCCUGCUUCAGUCUGGUACUGGUGUGCCGACCAGGUCAUCGUGCAGAGGGUCCUAGCAGCCAAAAACAUUGCUCACGCCAAAGGCUCUACCCUGAUGGCCGGCUUCCUGAAGCUUCUGCCAAUGUUUAUCAUAGUGGUCCCCGGAAUGAUUUCCCGGAUACUGUUUGCCGAUGACAUAGCUUGCAUCAACCCCGAGCACUGCAUGCAGGUGUGUGGGAGCAGAGCCGGGUGCUCUAACAUUGCCUACCCGCGCUUGGUGAUGAAGCUGGUUCCCGUGGGCCUCCGGGGCCUGAUGAUGGCCGUGAUGAUCGCCGCUCUGAUGAGUGACUUGGACUCCAUCUUCAACAGCGCCAGCACCAUAUUCACCCUCGACGUGUACAAACUCAUCCGCAAGAGCGCCAGCUCCCGGGAACUAAUGAUCGUGGGCAGGAUAUUUGUGGCCUUCAUGGUGGUGAUCAGCAUCGCGUGGGUGCCCAUCAUCGUGGAGAUGCAAGGAGGCCAGAUGUACCUUUACAUCCAGGAGGUAGCUGACUACCUGACGCCCCCAGUUGCAGCCCUGUUCCUUCUGGCGAUUUUCUGGAAGCGCUGCAAUGAACAAGGGGCUUUCUAUGGUGGAAUGGCGGGCUUUAUCCUUGGAGCAGUCCGCUUGACACUGGCCUUUGCCUACCGUGCCCCGGAAUGUGACCAACCUGAUAACAGGCCAGUCUUCAUUAAAGACAUCCAUUACAUGUAUGUGGCCACAGCAUUGUUUUGGAUCACAGGACUCAUUACUGUAAUUGUUAGCCUUCUCACACCACCUCCUACGAAGGAACAGAUUCGCACCACCACCUUUUGGUCUAAGAAGAGCCUGGUGGUCAAGGAGAGCUGCUCCCCGAAAGAUGAACCAUACAAAAUGCAAGAGAAGAGCAUUCUGAGAUGCAGUGAGAAUAGCGAGGCCAUCAACCACGCCAUCCCCAACGGAAAGUCUGAGGACAGCAUCAAGGGCCUGCAGCCGGAAGAUGUUAAUCUGUUGGUGACCUGCAGAGAGGAGGGCAACCCAGUGGCUUCCUUAGGUCAUUCGGAGGCAGAAACACCCGUGGAUGCGUAUUCCAACGGGCAGGCAGCUCUCAUGGGUGAGAAAGAGAGAAAGAAAGAAGCAGAGAACGGAAGCCGGUACUGGAAGUUCAUCGAUUGGUUUUGUGGCUUUAAAAGUAAGAGCCUCAGCAAGAGGAGUCUCAGAGACCUGAUGGAGGAGGAGGCUGUUUGUUUACAAAUGUUGGAAGAACCUCCACAAGUUAAAGUAAUACUCAAUAUUGGACUUUUUGCUGUGUGUUCACUUGGAAUUUUCAUGUUUGUUUAUUUCUCCUUAUGA